AUGCUUGUCGUAACAGGCGACUAACGGGAUCAGGUGGUCAGACUCAAUCAAAAGCUUGAUAACAACCUCAUCAGAGAUAUAGUCCCGAUGACAUUCGCUAACACGGGCAAUUUGCUGUCGUUAAAUCUGAGGGACAACAGCCUCAACUACAUAAUAAAGGGCGUGUUUAAACCUUUGGAGCAAAUAACCUCAAUAGACUUGAGAGAUAAUACUCACUUCCAUGGAGUGCAGCCAGGGACGUUUGACGAUCUGUCGACACUGAAGAACAUAUACUUCGAUCGAUUUCAAUUGUGCGUAUACAUCAAGAACAUCGACGUGUGUGAACCCCGCGGGGACGGUAUCUCCAGCAGGGAGAACCUCCUGGAAAACAUCAUCCUCAGGGUCACCGUCUGGAUCGUCGCAAUCCUCGCCUGCUUCGGCAACUGCGCUGUCCUCAUGGGCCGUUUCAUCCUGAAAGAAGACAACCAGAUACAUUCCUUCUUCAUCAAGAACCUCUCCAUGGCGGACCUUCUGAUGGGCAUCUACUUAAUGGUCAUCGCUGUCCACGACAUGAGAUACAGAGGACGUUACCUCUCCUUUGACCACCAAUGGAGGGACAGCUGGGGUUGCGACGUCUGCGGCCUCCUCAGCACCGUAAGCAGCGAGGUGUCGGUCCUCACUCUCACCGUCAUCACCCUUGACAGGUAUCUGUGCAUCAUGUACCCUCUGUCUGAGAGAAGGAGACACCUACGGCUUGCCUAUGUUUUAAUGGGAUCCAUCUGGUUGUUUAGUCUCGCUUUGGCGACCAUUCCCAUCGUUGGCCUCAACUACUUCGGGACGUAUUUCUACAGGAACAAUGCUGUCUGUAUCCCUCUAUUGCUUCAUGAGCCGCGCAACAGAGGAUGGGAAUACUCGGCUUUUAUUUUCCUGGGAAUAAACAUGGUGUCCUUCGUGUUUAUCGCAUAUGCUUAUGUGGCGAUGUUUGUGUCCAUACGGAGAUCACGUAUGUUGUUCCGGUCAACCAACGAGAAUCAAGAACGGUCCCUGAUGAAGAGGUUCUUCUUCAUUGUAAUCACUGACUUCGCCUGCUGGGUUCCAAUUAUUGCUCUCAAAGUGGCUGCACUACUGGGCUUCAAAAUACCUGGCUACCUUUACGGCUGGGUGGUCGUGUUCAUCCUUCCUGUCAACUGUGCUCUGAACCCCCUCCUCUACACCCUCACCUGCACGAUGUUCAAACAGAAGUUUCUGUACAGCCUCUCCAACCUGAUGUGGAGGAAGAGAAGUAUGUUCGACUUCAACAGCUCGGACAGUUCCACAUCUAAGAGCAGGCUCUCAAGACGGAGCAUACCGGACAUAGAGCUUGACCAGUGCGCACUCCGAGAAUCCGGGCUCAAUAACACAUGGACUGGCAAGAUGAAGUACAAAUAUUCUCACGGCCGAGUUGUCUAUCCUAACUGGAGUGGACAACAGUAUGCUCCGAGUGGCUACAAACCGGUGAAAUUGGCCAUAUAA